UACUAUAGAUAUAUAUUAUGUCAAGAGUACUAUAUAUAUAUAUAUACACGAUUCCGGUAUGUACUUUAACAAUUAGAUAAAUGACAGUGAUCAUUAUUACUAAAAUUAGUCGAUAGAUUAUUAAAUAUAACUUUUUUUCGUCAAUAGUAUUGAUACUCACCAUGGUAGAGUAAUGAUUAAUUAAAUUUUUGCGCAAGUAUUCAUUCAUUUAAAAGCUUUUUAAACGACGAUUAAUAAUGAAAAAUUGACAAAUCAACAAAGUACUCAAGACUGAAGAGAAAUCAAGAUGUUGAACCAAAGACUGUUAUUGUAUUACUGUUUAUUUACCUGCAUAUAUUUUCCGUCUAUUUUGAUUUUGCUGAAGUUCAAUGACACUUUAUACAACGUGGGAAAAUACAAAUUCAUUCCAAUAUUAAUAAUAUUAAUGUUCGCUGAAUUAAUGAAAUUAUUGUUUUCAUCAUUUUAUAACAGUCGUUACUGCUUCGAUAGAAUUGAUGCUAAACUAUUACCCUCCAAAUCUAAAAAAUCUUGGUCUAAAUUUUUUAAAGACACUAUCAAGUUUAUAAUUAUUGCUGUGACUUUAUUUAUUGUUUAUUAUGCUGCAAUAGUGUUAUUUGGUGCACCAUUGACGACUCACCAUGAAGAAACUUCAAUGCUUGCUCUUAUUUUAACAGCAUUGACUUUCGUUCCUCCAAGUUUACAGCUAGGUGUUGAUAAUGCGUUGUGUCUUUUAACAGGAGCACAAGUACCCAGUAAUAAUAUUAUCGCACAAGCUAUGUACAGGAAUAUUCAAUGUACAUUGGUGGGUACUUGGUGUGGUGCUAUUGUAAUUCCAUUAGAUUGGGAUAGACCUUGGCAAGAAUGGCCAAUACCUUGUGUUAUCGGUGCAUUCGUUGGAUAUAUCGUCGCACAUUGCAUUCAUUUAUUUAAACUGCUGCCUAAUUUUAAGUUUUUUAAAUCGAAAAAACUUCAUAGAUAAUAAUUAAACUAUUAUUUAUACAGUU